UCCGGGUUGUCUCUGUCACUUGCUCACCAUGAAGAUUAAGAAGCCCUCGAGGAGACAAACGCUGAAUAGGAAAUAUAACAUUCAAAAGAAGGUCAAAGAGCACAACCGUAAAGUGAAGAAGCAAGCUCGGGUGGCUAAGAAAGUCGGAGUUGUAGUAUCGAAGAAGAGGAGAGAUCCUGGCAUCCCUAAUAGCUGGCCUUUUAAGCAGGAGGUGUUGAAUGAUAUGCAGAAGCGGAAGGAGGAGGUGGAGCCUAACAGGAAACGCGAGAGAGAGCUACGCAAGAAAGGCCUUCCUGUCCAGCCAGUGGUAUCUAAGAAGAAUCAGGACAAGAUAGUGAAGUCUCUCGCUGAGUUGAAAUCCGAGGCGGAGCGACGCACGAGGCUCUACGAUAGAUCGGCUGAUGCCCUCAUUGGCUCGUCUUCCUCUGUGCGGGACAUGCACAGUGUCACCCAUCUAGGAACCAACUCAAAGGAGGCGCAGAACACUCGGAGGGCGUACUAUAGGGAGCUGCGGAAAGUGAUGGGAAUGGCUGAUGUCGUUGUUGAGGUGUUGGACGCCAGAGAUCCUAUGAGUUGUCGAUGUAAGAGUCUCGAGGAAGAGGUACUGACCAACGGCAAGAAGGUCAUUCUCUUACUCAAUAAGAUUGAUCUCGUCCCUAAGGAAGCAGUGCAGGCGUGGUUGGCUUACCUCCGUAAGGACUUCCCUACUAUUGCAUUCAAGGCUGCUAGGACAUCUGGGGACCGUCAAACAGGUAGAGCCAUCGCCGCUGAGACUGCUUCCGAGGGGUUACUAAAAUCCAGCUAUGGUGUCAUCGGAAGCGAUGCUUUGUUACAGCUGUUGAAGAACUACGCUAGGGGUGUUGGUACUGGUCGCAUUAGCGUCGGUAUAGUCGGCUACCCCAAUGUUGGUAAGUCCUCUGUUAUCAACUCUAUGAAGAGAGGCAAGAGUGUGCAUCUCAAGACUGGAAAUCGUGCUGGUAUCACUAAACAGAUGCAGGAGGUUCAGAUUGACAAGACGGUCAGCCUUCUGGACUGCCCUGGUGUGAUAUUCUCUGGCACUGAAGAGUCUGCUAGUAACACUUCUAGUUUGGUUAUACGGCAGUCAGUGAACGUGGACGCCCUUGAGGACCCCAUGCCGGUGGUGGAAGCGUUGGUGAAGCGGACACCUCGGAAUGCCGUGUUGAAGCACUUCAGGAUGCCUGCGUUUGAGUCGGUGACCGAGUUGGUCGGACAUGUAUGUCGGACGCGAGGCAAGCUCCGUCGGGGUGGUGCCCCUGACUUUCGUCAGGGGGCUAAGGACGUCCUCAGGGAGUGGACAACUGGACGGCUGCGAUUCUUCUGCAUGCCACCUGCGACUGAUAAGGGCAAGGUCUUUGCCAAGGUGGUUGCCGCUGCCAGCCCUGAGUUUGACAUUGACGCGCUGUUCAGCCAGGCUGAUACUAGUGCGGAAGCGGUGGCCGGAGUGGAGUUGAACGGUUCGGCUAAUCACGCCGCUCAGAGUGGUGACAUGGGAGUCGAUAUGCUAAUGGAUGAUACUGAUAGCAGCGAGGAGGAGGGAGAUGAAGAUGAGGAGGAGGAAGCACCGAUUCUUAUUGACGAGGCUAAUGAGGAGAAGAAGACCCCGGCAGGGCCGCAAGUGGAAAAACGGAUAUUCACGGGAUUGAACCCGCGUGUGAAUCGCGAUAUCAAGAAAAAGACGAAGGAAGUGAAACGUAACCAAGGGAAGAAGGAGAGGAGGCAACAAGCAGAGCAGAUGGAGGCAUCUGACACCGCGAUGGAUGAUGACGAUACUUAUGACUUCCAAAGGGACUUCAAGUGAUUCCUCUUACUGUGUAUCAUCAUCGUCAUUGCGAGGCAAGGAUUCAUCAGCCGUCACCACCACUACCACGUCCGAACAGUAUCUAUACCACU